AUGCCACGUUUUGCUGAACAAGUUGAGGUUGCCAUUGAAGCUUUGAGCGCGAAUGUCCCACAGCCAUUUGAAGAGAAUGAGUUCAUAGAUGCCUCCCGCUUGGUUUAUGAUGGAGUUCGUGACAUCAGGAAAGCUGUUCUGAUGAUAAGGACCCCAGAAGAGCUAGAGGAUGAUUCAGACUUUGAGCAGGAAGAUUACGACGUUCGCAGCCGAACAAGCGUUCAGACUGAAGAUGACCAGCUUAUUGCUGGCCAGAGUGCGAGGGCUAUCAUGGCUCAGCUUCCCCAGGAGGAGAAGGCUAAGAUUGCCGAGCAGGUAGAGAUAUUCCACCAAGAAAAGAGCAAACUGGAUGCAGAGGUGGCCAAGUGGGAUGACAGUGGUAACGACAUCAUUGUAUUGGCAAAGCAGAUGUGCAUGAUUAUGAUGGAAAUGACAGACUUUACUAGAGGUAAAGGCCCCCUGAAGAAUACAUCAGAUGUCAUUAAUGCAGCCAAGAAGAUUGCAGAGGCAGGAUCGAGGAUGGACAAAUUGGCACGGGCGGUAGCUGAUCAGUGCCCAGACUCAGCCUGCAAACAGGAUCUGCUAGCCUACCUGCAGCGCAUUGCCCUCUACUGCCACCAACUCAAUAUCUGCAGCAAAGUGAAGGCAGAAGUUCAGAACCUGGGUGGAGAACUUAUUGUAUCAGGGACUGGAGUUCAGAGCACUUUCACUACCUUUUAUGAGGUAGAGUGUGAUGUCAUAGAUGGGGGCAGGGCUAGUCAACUUUCUACCCACCCACCCACCUGUGCUGAGGGAGCUACGCUUGAGGCCGGAAGCAGUGACUCCUCGACGCUGGACAGUGCCACUUCUCUCAUCCAGGCAGCUAAAAAUCUGAUGAACGCUGUGGUCCUUACAGUGAAAGCAUCCUAUGUGGCUUCUACUAAAUAUCAGAAGGUCUAUGGUACUGCUGCAGUGAACUCACCAGUUGUAUCUUGGAAGAUGAAGGCCCCUGAGAAGAAGCCUCUAGUAAAGAGAGAAAAACCAGAAGAAUAUCAGACAAGAGUGAGAAGAGGGUCCCAGAAGAAACAUAUUUCCCCUGUACAGGCCUUAAGUGAAUUUAAAGCUAUGGAUUCAUUCUGAAACACUAAGCUUUACCAGGAGGGUUUUAUAUUCUUUUUGUAUGCAUACCUGCCGACUUGUAUGCGUCUGGCAUGGGGUGGGGGGAAGCAGUGUCAAUUUGCAUGCAACCUGAGACUCUAUUGAAGUAACUAACUUUCUGCAAUGCCAAAAUUAGGGCAUUCUCUUCUGAUGUUAAAUGGACUUAUUCCAAGCUUCCUUUUUAAACUAAACUAUAGCAUUAAAUUGGCCAAAGAACUUGCAUCACAGGGGUACGUGUGGGUCAAAUAAUGAAUUCAAGUCUAAACCCAGAAAUUUUUAUGCAUGCAAGAAACAUUAGGUUGGCAGGUAUAUUAAGUGACAAAAAUGAAAUUGUAAUGGUAGACCAUAAAGCUUGUAUUGCUUCUGUUCCAGUGCAAAAAUGUACUAGCCAAUAUGCUUAAAUGUGUGGCCCAAUAAUUAAAUGAUAUAACUUUUAAGUCAUCUUCAUUAUAGUAUGUGAAUUUUUAAAACAGAUACAAACUAAUUCAUCUUAAAAAUGCUUCUUUUAAACCAUAUUUUGGUUUUUUUAUAUUCUAGUAGUGUUAUGAUUGCUCACAUUUCAAUUAAUCCCAUUAAUAUGACCAGAGGUUUACUUUUGCCAAUUGAAUUCCUUAUGGUGGAGUAUGAAGCACAAUAUGGUGAUUGACAUUGCCUUUUAUAUUAUGAUUAUUAUUAUUAUGAUUAUUAUUAUAAUAUUAGUAAUAGAAGACCUGGUGGUGGAAUGUUUAGAGACACGGAAACUGACAGUGUAAGAAUUUAGAGGCAAAUAUGUAGGUGUAGUCUGGAUUACAGGUAUCUGACAUACCAUUGUAACCACUAACUCAAUAAACUCAUUUAACCUGGGAAUCCUCAA